GCAGAGCAGGAGUGCAGUCAUGCAUGUGGACACUGUCUUUCUUGUGUGUCCUCUGAUUUUUGCAGCCUUGUGGAGGGGGAUCUGGGCUGCCUCUCCUGUGCCCUCAGUCCCUGACCGUGUCCAAGCUCUCGCAGGCUCCUGUGUGGUGAUUCCCUGCUCUUUCACUCCUCUGCCUCCUCAUCCUCUCAGAGGGAGGAAGGAGAGGGUGGACGUCCGGCUGCGGUUCAGAGGCGGUGGCCAGUUCUUCCCUCUCCGCAGCACCGCCUUUAACAGCGAGGACAGAGAUCAAGCGAGCAGGGAUUUCCAGGGCCGGACGUCCCUCUUUGGGCGAAUCGCGGAUGGCGACUGCUCAGUGAAGAUUGAAAGGGUCAGCCAGGGUGACUCACGGGUGUUUGAGAUCGCUCUGAAGAGAGGGGACGACUUACUUUGGGGGAAGCCGAGGAGCUUCAGUCUGGAUGUUGUGGACACUCCCGAGCCUCCUGUCAUCAGCGGCGUGUUGGCAGCCACGGAGGGGCAGCUGGUCACCCUGAACUGCUCCGUCAGCUAUCACUGCCCCUCCAGACCUCCUGCCCUGCAGUGGAGCUGGGAGCGAGGAGCCCAGCUGAACAGCACUGAGCCUGGAGGGGUGCAGACACUCCGCCCAGAGCCCCACAGGCUGAUGUUACUGGCCCCUCUGUCCUUCACCGUGUCCCACAAGGUGAAACCCAGGCUCAGGUGCGAAGUCAGCUACCCAGGAGCCAGAGCGCUGGCCACCUCGAAGGAUCUGCAUGUGACAUUUUCACCAAAGGAUGUGAUGGUUCAGGUCCAGUCCUUGAUGGUGCAGGAGGGGGGCAGCGCCUUGCUGGUCUGCUCAUGUAAAGCAGACCCGCCGGUGUCCGAGUACCGCUGGUCCUACAGCCAACACGGCCGCACGGUGCACCUCCACCACCGCACACACGCGGUCCGGGUCUUCAACGUGACCCGCGACAUGAGGGUCCGCUGCUCAGCACAGAACCUGAUUGGUCGAGGAGACUCCAAGCCCACUCCACUGAACAUACAGUAUAAACCCGUCAUCCUCCGGCUUUCCUCCACCUGUGUUAUGGAGGAGUUGGAGGUUUUAUGUCGCUGUUCGGUCGACUCCAACCCCAAAGCAGCAGUCACCUGGAGCGUGAAUGGGACGGUUCCACCUCGUGAUUACAACGUGUCGGUAACAUCUGAGCCUGACCAGCUAACAGCGACUCUGAGGGGCCGCAUGGAGAGACCUCAGACGGUGGUCUGCUUUGCCUUCAACGCGCUGGGAAAUGACUCCCUGAUGUUGCUGCAGGGGGGAGCAGAGACAACACAUUUGCUGUGGCUGGUGAUACCUACUGUGUCCAUCUGCCUGAUCAUAUUCCUUCUGCCUCUUUUUUUCUACUGCUGCCGAAAGAGAGCUGGGAAAGAUGUCCUGAGUAGACGCCCGGCCGUGUACCCUGGAGGGUUGGGAAUUUAUCAGGACCAGAUGCCGCUCUACAUUAACUGCACAGAAGUGACUCAUAUCUACAGCAACGGCAGCUACCAGCUUGUGUACCAGAACUGCACACCUCUCUUUGUCCAUACCAAGCAGAUCCGCCCAAUGGGCAGAAGAGGUGGGGAGAGAAGAAGAGGAGGAGAGGGUGGAGGAACAGACGGACGAACGGGUUUGGGAGUCAGGGGCACGAGAGAGGCGCAGAGUGCUGCUGUGGCCGACGCAGAGACGGCCAUUUACUUGGAGAUCCUCUGAGCUCACUGUGGAGACGUCACAUGAUUCACCUGCUACACUGAACUCACAUUACCCUCCAGAUUCACUGUCAUACUGAUGGUAGCACAUGGUUUAUGCAACUUUCAGUUUUUGUAUAUAUUGUACAUGCAUAUCUAUAUGUCAGCAUUUCACAACCAUGUGAUCUCUUGAAUAGCUUGUGGUUGUCUAUCUCUCAUUAUCUCCACAAAGAACAAUUUGAAUGUCUCUGAGUGUUGGCCUGUGACCUACCUCUGAGCUCUUUUUUCUAUAAAAGAUGAAAAGGUUUG